CAUCCUUUCCAUCCCUGUGAUUCCCAAGACAUGGCGGUCCCCGGCUUCGCAUUGCUCACCGUGGGCUCGCUGGCUCUGCUCGCCGUCUACAAAUUCGUCCUCUACCCUCUCCUCUUCCACCCGCUGCGGCAUAUCCCCUCUGCGCAUUGGUCGAUCCCAAUCUUUGGAGAUGUCUGGAUCACCCACCAACGGUACAUGGAGAGGAACAAUGCCGUGACAUAUGCGGCGCACUUGAAGUACGGGUCUGUCGUCCGCAUGGGUGCCAAAGAACUGAGUGUCAACUGCGUGGACAACGGCAUCAAGACCAUCUAUGCCGGCUCGUGGGAGAAGCACGCCUGGUAUCCUCAAAGGUUUGGGUCCUAUGGGGUCAUGAACAUGUUUUCGACAAUCCACCACGGGCCUCAUUCGCAGAAGAAACGCACCAUGGCCAACGUCUACUCAAAGUCCUUCAUCGCGUCCUCCCCCCAAGUUGCGGCGAAUUCGCAUACCCUGUUUACGACCCGCUACCUCCCGCUGCUCCAGAAACUCUCCGAGACGGGCGAACCCGCGGACGUGCACGACAUGAACAACGCCUUUGCCAUGGACUUUAUGUCGGCGUACCAAUUCGGCCUGUCCGCGGGGACGAACCUCACCCAGGACGUGGCCACCCGGAGAAACAUCCUCCACCAAUACCACUGUCGUCGGGACUAUGAGUUCUUCUCCGCCGAGGCCCCGUGGCUCAAGCGCCUGACGCGAAGCCUCGGGUUGCAAGUUGUGCCGUAUUUCGUGGACGAGGCGAACGUGCUGCUCGAGGACUGGAACGCCGGCAUGUGCCGCAAGGCCGACGAGUUUCUCUCCCACGCCUCUGCAUAUGCCGGCGACGAGCCGGUUGUAUAUAAGCAGUUCAAGACGGGCAUCACGAAGCUGCGCGAGAAGGACCCCAAUGCCGGCAAGGCGACGGGCGAGGUCAUCCUGCCGACGACCCGGCACGAUGGCCUGCAAAGCAGUCAAAACAGCAGCGACGACGACGACACCACGACCGCGGAGAUCUACAGCGAAAUGCUGGACCAGCUGGGCGCCGGGCACGAGACCUCGGCCAUCGCCCUGACGUACCUGUACUGGGAGCUGAGCAAGAAUCCCGAGCUGCAAAAGCAACUGCGCGAAGAGGUGCUGACGAAGCUCUCACCGCCCAUCCAAUGGCCACCACUGCCUCCCGCCACCGCGGCGGCGGGUGACUUCCAGCUCCCGGACCCGAAACAGAUCGACGCCCUCCCGCUCCUGAACGCCGUCCUGAUGGAGACGCUGCGUCUGCACGCGCCCAUUCCGGGCAUCGAGCCACGCAUCUCCCCCCACGUGCCCGGCGGGAGCACGCUGGGCGCCUACGCCAACAUCCCCGGCGGCGUGCGCGUGUCGGCAAUGCCAUACGCCCUGCACCGCAACGCGGCCGUGUUCCCGGACCCGGAGACGUUCCUGCCCUCGCGCUGGCUGCCAUCGCACUCGUCCGAGGAGCAGCUGAAGGAGAUGCACCGCUGGUUCUGGGCCUUUGGGUCCGGCGGCAGGAUGUGCAUCGGCAGCCACCUCGCCAUCCAGGAGAUCAAGCUGCUCGUCUCAGCCAUCUACAGCAAUUGGGCCACGGAGAUCGUCGACGACGAGGGGAUCGAGGAGGUCGACGCCUACACGACCAAGCCCACGAGUAACCGCUUGAUCCUGCGCUUUACGCACAUUUAAAAUGUCUGAUGGAUGGGGAGCCCGGGCGGGCCAGGAAAGGGACAAAGUAGAGGGGAAGCCGUGGGCCAGGGAGACAAGGCUGAGGAUGGUGCUGCGAAAUCUCGAGGGGGGUUCUGAGCUGGUUCGGCAGCAUCAUGGUGUCAUGUCUCCAGCCUGGCCAUCACCGCCGUCUCGGGAAAUGUCCCCAGCGAUGUUUGACGGUUCCAAGAGGCUCGCAAGUGAGCAGACGAAUAUUACAACAGACCGCUAUCAAGAAC